AUGAAUUCGCGCCUCAUGUUUUCGCUCUGCAGAAGCUGCUGCGCCGAGUCGAUAAAGGGCGACUGUCCUCACGAAGACGUAGAAGAUCGCGCAUUUGUAGGUACUUGGGUCGCCGAUGAAUUGCGUAAGGCCAUUCAAAAGGGUUACAAAAUUUUGAACUUGUACGUUGUAUGGCAGUACGAAAUUAUUCAAUACGAUGAAAGUAAAAAUUCAAAGGGCCUUUUUACAGAGUACAUCGAUACGUUUUUAAAAUUUAAACAAGAGGCGAGUGGCUGGCCCGCGUGGUGCGAGAGCGAAAACGACAAAAUUCGAUAUAUUUCCGAGUACAAGGCUGCUGAAAAUAUUUCUCUGGACCCUGAUAAGAUCGAAAAAAAUGCCGCCCUUCGUGCCUUCUCAAAAUUAGCCCUUAAUUCGUUCUGGGGCAAGUUUUCCCAGCGCUCCACGCUUUUCCAGACGAGCAUCAUAAAGACUCGCAAAGAUUUGCUCGAGCUAUUAACGAGCCCGGACAAAGAGACGCACGAUAUCGUCUUAGUUUCGGACGAAACGAUAUACGCGCGGUGGAAGUACAAGGAAGAGGCCGAAAACGCGACCUGCUAUACCAAUGUCGUAUUAGCGGCUUAUACCACCGCCGAGGCUCGUUUGAUUCUUUAUCAAUAUUUGGAAAAAUUGGAUAGGCGCGUUCUGUACUGCGAUACGGACUCCGUAAUUUAUACCUCUGCAACGGGCGAAUACGAGCCUCCCCUUGGCACGGCUCUUGGAGCCAUGACCGACGAGCUCGAUUCGUACGGGAAAGAUACGUACAUCAGAUCGUUCGUUUCAGGUGGGCCGAAAUUUUACGCGUACAAGGCCGUUACCCCGCACACGGGCGAACUUCAUCGAUGUUGCAAAAUUAAAGGAAUCAGUCUCAAUCAUGAAAAUUCCAAAAAAAUUAAUUACGACAGCGUUAAACGAAUGAUUUUGAGGAUGUACGACGACGAGGAUGAUUGCGCCGACAACAGCAUGACCGUGAAUUUUAGAGCUAUGAGACGGACAAAGACUCAAGAUGUUGUAUCCGGAGACGAGAGCAAGCGAUGCUGCCCCGUUCUGAAAAAGCGACGAUACAUCGGUAGCGAGUUUUCGCUACCCUUUGGCUUUGUACGAUAA